GGGGGCGCUGGCGCCUAUCUCAGCUACAAUCGGGCGGAAGGCGGGGUACACCCUGGACAAGUCACCACCUCAUUGCAGGGCCAACACAGAUAGACAGACAACAUUCACACACUAGGGACCAUUUAGUGUUGCCAAUCAACCUAUCCCCAGGUGCAUGUCUUUGGAAGGGGGAGGAAGCCGGAGUACCCGGAGGGAACCCACGCAGUCACGGAGAGAACAUGCAAACUCCACACAGAAAGAUCCCGAGCCUGGAUUUGAACCCAGGACUGGAGGAACUUCGUAUUGUGAGGCAGACACACUAACCCCUCUUCCACCAAAUAUUUAACUUUUCUAUAUCAUACUCUUCUCGUGUGUAUUCCACUUAAAUCUUGUUUAUAUUUUCUCUUCAGUAUGGUUCUAGUAGUCCUUCGUAAUAAACAACGGCAAGGUAAUGGAUAUGUGCUUACGGUAUUGUAUUUUCCGGACUACAAGGCGCACUUAAAAUUCUUUUUUUCCCCUCAAAACUCCACAGUGCGCCUUAUAACCCGGUGCACCAAAUAUACAUAAUAAUUCUACAUUUGCUUACCGACCUCAAAGCAAUUUUAUUUGGUACAUGGUGUAAUAAGUGUGACCAGUAGAUGGCAGUCAAACAUAAGAGUUACGUGUAGGCUGCAAUGUAAUGGCGAUAUGACUCAAGUAAACAACACCAGCAUUUUAUAUGUUCCAUUAAAAAUAUAAAACAUUACACACGGCGCUCAGAAAUCUGUCAAAAUGUUUUAGAAGCCGCACACUUGACGGAUUGUCGGCGCAUUAAAUAAUAUACCAGUAUUAUUAUGGUGUGUGUAUAAGGUAAGACAUUAUCUUACUAAUGCAUUUGAACUUCUGGUACCUGCUGAUCUGUAUUUGGUAUCUGCAUAAAAUGAUAUUUAUGUAAAUGAAAUCCCAUUUGUGCCACAGCACUGAUGGCUACAUAGUGUGUGAGGAGCACGAGGAGAUCCUGAGGGCCGCCUGGGUGGAAGAACAAGAGAUUCAAAAACAGAAGGAAAAAGAGAAACGAGAAAAGAGAGUUGUCUCCAACUGGACCCUGCUGGUGAAAGGCCUGCUGAUCCGAGAACGUCUUCAACAGCGUUACGGCAAGAAGGGCCUCUCUUCGACUAAAGCCGACGGGGACAAAUGCGACGGACUUUCUUCGGACGAGGACACCGUGGUGGAGGAAAAUCCCAGCAGUAAAACGGCGUCGGAGACCCUGGCUAUGUCCUGGCCCCAAAACAGACAAACGGAGGAGGAGCAAGGAGGCGUCAGCGCUUUGAAGACAAAGCGGGACAGGAGAGGGAAAGAAAAACAUUUGUUCCCCUUUGAGAAAGCAUGAAACAUUUUCACUUUGCACUUAACUCACUGGAAGCACUCCGAAAAAAAACAAGAAAAAAACAAGUUUUAGUGACGGAGACAACAUGGUAAUAUACACUUUUCACACAGAGGCCACGUAAAAGAGGAAACUAUUUUUGUAUGUGAAUGAAUAAAAAAAUCAUGGUGGAUGUUGUGAUCAUGAUAGAUGCAUGAAA